CACUUUGCGGCCUACCGCCUGCAUGCAGUGGCUGUCGCUACACACGCCACAUGGUGACAGGCACACAGCAUGGUGCAGUGUUUACUCUUUACCGUCAGUGACCAUAUGUUCAGUGAAAAUCAAAAUAUCGCAGUGCUGGAACGUGCAACAGAAGAGCAGAUCCCGUCAUGCCAGUGACGCAGUUGUUGGUAGUGGGUGAAGGUUGUCCAUACUUGGGUUUAAUUAGAAUUCCCAGCUUCAAGCACACUACUGUCUAUCCUUUUUGUCAAGAUCAACAGAGCCUGAAAUGUCAGACUUGGUGGUGGCUGAUGGUGGUAACUCUAGCGACAGCCAUGGAGCGAGGAGAGCUGGGACGUGGGGAGGUGCUCUCUCUGUUGGUGCGCUUGGCCUUUGCCACCGCUGCAUCAUACUUCACAGUCAAACUUCUGGUGUCAGCCAUGGAUCCAACUUCCAAACAGAAAAAAGCCGCUAAGAAGAAGGCCCAGGAGGUGAUGCGUAGACUUGGCAUCAAGGAAAAGAUAUCUUUAAAUGAGUAUGAGUUGAUGAUUGCCAGUCAGUUGGUGGAGCCGAGCCAACUGACCACCUCCUGGAGGGACGUGGCAGGCCUUACCUCCAUCAUCCAAGAGCUGCGGGAGACACUCAUCCUUCCCAUCCAGCAGCGCAAUCGCCUCCAGAACUCAAAGCUGAUUCAGCCUCCUAAAGGGGUGUUGCUGCAUGGUCCACCUGGCUGUGGCAAGACCUUGCUGGCCCGGGCCGUGGCCAAAGAGGCUGGUGCUCGCUUUAUCAACUUGGAUGUUGCAUCCCUUACUGACAAAUGGUACGGGGAAUCUCAGAAGCUUUCUUCAGCUGUCUUCUCCCUGGCUAUGAAGCUUGAGCCAUGUAUUGUGUUUAUUGAUGAAAUAGACUCCUUCCUGCGAGUACGAGCCACAGGAGAUCAUGAGGCUACAGCCAUGAUGAAGGCUCAGUUUCUGCAACAGUGGGAUGGACUGGCCACUGAUCAUGGACGUUGUGUGGUGGUUAUGGGGGCCACUAAUAGACCACAAGAUGUGGACCGCGCCAUUUUACGUCGCAUGCCGGCUGCAUUUCACAUUCCUCUCCCGGGAAUUGAACAACGGGAAGAGAUUCUGCGCCUAGUGUUACGAGAAGAGGCUGUGAGGGAAGAUGCUGAUAUUGCUGGUUUGAGCAGACAGACUGAAGGUUUCUCUGGCUCAGAUUUGCUAGAGUUGUGUCGCACUGCUUCUGUGUAUCGACUGCGCCACUUACUGGAAUCAGAGUCAGAGGUUUCAGCUAACCAAGGUCAAGGAAAGGAAGCAGAUGUUGAUUCAUUGAGGCCCAUCACAAUUGGUGACUUCAAGGAGGCUUUAGGGAAGAUGAAGGAAUCACGGGUGUACAACAGGCAGGCUGAAGCCUUGCUCAAGAUGGACUUAGACUGAAGUGUCUAUCUGGGAUUUCAAAUGGCAUAAUUUGAACCUACACAUGAGCGUCUGCCGAUCCCACGCUCGCCACCUCAUCCACCAUGUUACCGCCUCCGUUUGUUUGUUUGUGUAUCACAUCCAAUGCUCUUCCCCUCUUAAUUAAUUGGCUAUUUUAUUUAUUCAUUUAUUUAUUUAUAUAGUUUAGUUUUGUAUUAAGAAAUUAGCAAUGUGAGUCAGUAAUGUUGGGAUGGGGAGACUCUUGCUUGUUUAUAAAGGCAUUUCGUAUCCAAAUUUUAUUUAAUCAAUUAAUUUAUUAUUAAUUUAUUUAUUUUUCAGCAUUAUGAAUUUUCAUCUAGUUAAGAUUACAUGUUUUAUAAUACUGCUGGGUAGUCUCACAGUCCACUCUAACGCAUCAAUAAACAUGCAGUAUGUUUUUAAUUUGGAAGACAAAUUUUGAAUUUCACAUGCAUUAUGUUUUUUUCUUUUCUUCAUCUCAUUUCCUUUUAGCAGUCUUGGAGUUUCAGAUUGCAGACUAUAAAGUAUCUGGUGGAAGUUGGAUUAUAGUUUUGUAAUGAACUGUACCUUCUUGUUUAUAUUCCUGUUCAAACUUGUUCUACAUGAAAUAUGAUCAUGAUUAGAUCUGUGAUAUGUAUGCAUGUAGUCUUUCCAUGUCAUAUUAUCAUAUAUCUACUAGAUUUAAGUUACAAAAGUAUUUAAGCUUUGUUUUCCAAAGUUUGGUUUCAUCAUGUCAAUCUUGCCUCCCACAUUGAUCAUGACAGACAAACUUGAGUAUUGUGGUCAUGUAGCACACACAGGUCUACAAUUUUUUAUCCAAAUUCUGAAAGACAAUAAUUUCCUAAACCUGGACACUCAUUAAUGUGCUGUUGCCUGAACGCAAAGUAUUUUUCAAUAAACAAGACCCAACAUAUCUCUUGCUCAACCCACACCUUGCAGAUGUACUGUACAUUUGGUCAUCUAUAUUUUGUCCCAAUUUUUAUUGACUGGAAGAUGAUAGAACGUUAAAAAGCAAAUUAAGCCUGGAAUGGGAUAGGAAACUAAACAUUGCACAGAGAAGAGUUUAGAUAUCUUACAAAACGUAAUGUGAAUGCUGCACUGGUGUACAGCUUGUAUGGCAUCUAAUGGAAAAUUGUUGGGUAACUUCUCCAUGAACAACUUUAAGAAGCAAGAAUAAGUUGAAGCUGUAGAUUGUUGACAAUAACCAGAGAAAAAUGAAAAAUUGUAAAAAAAAAAAAAUAAAUAAAUAAAUAAAUAAUAAAAAAAAAAAAAAAAAAAAAAAUAUAUAUAUAUAUAUAUAUAUAUAUAUAUAUAUAUAUAUAUAUAUAUAUAUAUAUAUAUAUAUAUAUAUAUAUAUAUAUAUAUAUAUAUAUUUAUAGUCAAAGGUAGAUACAUAAAUUAUGAAUGAACCAAUCAGAAUCAAUCUAUAUAGCAGGCUGGCAAUCUUGUAAGUUACUGUGUGGAUCAAAACCACACACAUCCAUUCACAUUUCAUAUAAAUGAAAGUAACUAUAUAAAAAGCAUGAAAUUAAUGUAAAAAUUCUCCUGUUUUAUUUAAAGAAGUACUAAAAAUAUCCUGUUCCAAAAGAAAAAUGAAAAAGGAGAAAUAUUGUGCUACACAUUGUUGCUGUUCCCAAGUAUUUAGGAUUAAAGAUUGUGGACCUGUACCAUAACACAUUUAUUAGAUUAGUAUUAUUUGUGAUAUACACAGGUUAUUCAUCUGUAAAUAAUAAAAUACUUUAUUCAAGAAAAUAUCUGAUUCAUUGCAGUAUCAUAGUGGUAGGGGAUAAUCUUGCUGCACACUCCAUGACCAAGUUAAGAAGGAAUUCUGCUACUGUAUCCUCUGUAUAUUAUAAAAGGUAACUGAAAGGUACAGGAUAGUUAGACUAAGAACUUCAUAUAUAUAUAUAUAUAUAUAUAUAUAUAUAUAUAUAUAUAUAUAUAUAUAUAUAUAUAUAUAUAUAUAUAUAUAUAUAUAUAUAUAUAUAUUAGGGUUCCCAAUAUAUUGAAACUAAUGAGAUAUCAUGGGAAGAUAGUGUGUCUCAGAAUUCCUCAUGGGCAGUCCAAAAUGUACCUACUAAGGUAUACAUGACACUGCAACAAACGUAUAACUGAGUUACCACCACGAGUGUGACAGACAACUACAGAUUAAAGCUGAAGGUGGCUAUCAGCAUAAUGUAUAAAUAGAUUGGACAGAUUCACAUUGUGGGGAGUGUCAGCUUGUAUCAUAAAUGUUUAUCUGCUUUAAGGGGAUGUUAGCUGUAAUGUUGGUCAUUGUAAUUAGUGUUUUAUUUCUUGUUAUCCUUUACCAAAUAGUAAAACUAUAAUAUUGAAUGAAUGGGUUUUAUAAAUUAUAUCAUGUUUGCAUUAAAAAGUUUAUACUUCAUUGUUGUAUAGGGGCCUUAAUCUCUUCCUUUUACCCUAAGGACAGUAGCAAAUCAUUUAUAUAUUUUUUUAUUGUUCUGAUGUUUACAAAAAUUGCCACCUAUUAUUCCAAUACAUAUUUAUUUUUCAAGCUUCUCACCUUCAUUGCAUCUGAUGUACUAGUAAAAUUUUGUUUAAAGAGCUAUAAACUAGAAAAAAUGCCUCCAUGUUUACUGAGCUGGUAGAGCCUGCCUCAACUUAGCAUAUGUACUGCUCAUCCCAUACAGUUGACCAAUGCUACUCAGUAAAUAUAAUCAUCUGAUAGCUAAUGUUCUUUUCCUAGGCUAACAUGUGAUAUCUUAUCAUCUAUCACUAUCUCCUUUGUAAUCUUGUAUGGUGUUCUUCACUUUGAUUUAUUUUUCUUCUUUUACCCAAAAAGCUACUUUACUCAUAACUCCAAUACUCAGGUGUCCAUUGAAGUAUGUGAUUUAUGAUUUAGCAUUAUGUGCAUAUGGAUUCUUUUCUAUGUGUUCUUAGGUGACUCAGUGCUUCAUUUAGCCAUGAUACAGUGCCAAACAUUAUUCAACAUCACAAAAUGUUAUGAGCUGUUGGAUAAACUUACUUUUGUGGAUUAGUUCACUAGUCAGUAAGGUUUGUAGUUUUCAGAACCUGCAGUGACUAGGUAAUAUAAAAGUAGUGAUUACAGUUCAGUAAUUUCCAGCAAUAGAUUAUUGUACCUUUUUUUUUUUUUCUAUCCAAGGUGGAAUAAAUAUGACAAGUUCUUU